AUGCGCCGCAAUAUGAUCAACGUCCCGGAAGUCGUCACAGUGAGAGAGGUAGCAGACCAGCUUCUGAACAUCGAGCUUCGCAGCGUGGAUCGCAGGCACCUCAGCAAGAACCGCGCCCGGUGUCGUACUCGCAGCGUCGUUCACACCACCAAGACGGCUCUCGAGGGGCGGAAGGCUCUAACAAUAGCAAUCGUCGCCGUGCGUACUCCGAAGGAGGUUACCAGUCUCAAGGACGCCAGACUCGGCAAGAUGACAACCAGCAAGCCGCAGCCCGUGCCGCAGAGCGAGCAAAGCGACAAGCCAAAAAGGAGAAGUACAUCAAAUGGCUGA